AUGGCUGCGCCUGUUGACCCCAGCGACCGCGUGGUCCUCGGCAUCACUUUUGGCAACACCAACAGUUCCAUUGCGUAUACUGUUGACGACAAGGCCGAAGUCAUUGCCAAUGAGGAUGGUGACCGUCAAAUUCCCACUGUCCUCUCCUACGCCAACGGCGACGAGUACUAUGGUGCUCAAGCCAAGGCCUUCCUUGUCCGCAACCCUAGCAACACUAUUGCCUACUUCCGCGACUUCCUCGGCAAGGACUUCAAGUCGAUCGAUCCCACGCAUUGCCACGCCGCCGCCCACCCCAAGGACAUCUCUGGCCAUGUCUCCUUCACCGUUCAGGACAAGAGCCAGGGCGAGGAGGACGAAGAGGUCGAGCCCUCGAAUGUGUCCAUUGAUGAAACCGCCACGCGCUUUCUCCGUCGCCUCGUCAGCGCCGCCUCCGGCUAUCUUGGCAAGACCGUCACCUCAACUGUCAUCACUGUCCCCACCAACUUCAGCGACAAGCAGCGCGAAGCCCUGACCAAGGCUGCCAACGCCGCCGGUCUCGAGGUUCUGCAGCUCAUCUCGGACCCUGUCGCCGCGGUGCUCGCCUACGACGCCCGCAAGGAGGCCGUCAUUAGCGACAAGGUUGUAGUUGUUGCCGACCUUGGCGGCACCCGCUCCGACGUGACUGUCAUCGCCUCGCGCGGCGGCAUGUACACCAUCCUUGCCACCGUCCACGAUUACGACUUUGCCGGUGUCCAUCUCGACAAUGCCCUCAUGGACCACUUCGCUAAGGAGUUCAUUAAGAAGCACGAGGUCGACCCCCGCAACAAUGCCCGCUCCCUCGCCAAGCUACGCCUAGAGUCCGAGGCCGCCAAAAAGGCCCUCUCCCUCGGCACCAACGCCCAAUUCUCCGUCGAGAGCCUCGCGGAUGGCUUCGACUUCUCCUGCACCAUCAACCGUAUCCGCUACGAGACGGUGGCCCGCAAGGUCUUUGAGGGAUUCAACCGCCUAGUCGAGAGCGCCGUGAAAAAGGCCGAGCUCGAUGUGCUCGAUGUUGACGAGGUCAUCAUGUGCGGCGGCACCUCCCACACCCCCCGCAUCGCCAACAACUUUGCCAACAUUUUCCCCGAGACCACUACCAUCCUGGCCCCCGCCACCAGCUCCACUGCCAUUAACCCCUCGGAGCUGCAGGCCCGCGGCGCUGCGCUCCAGGCCUCGCUGAUCCAAGAGUACGAGGCUGCCGACAUUGAGCAGUCGACUCACGCCGCCGUCACCACCCUCAAGCACAUUGCCAACGCCAUUGGCGUCGUCACCGUCGGCCCCGACGGCGAGACGUUUACCCCCGUCAUGCAGACCGAGACGGCCGUUCCCGCCCGCCGCACCGUCCACGUCCCUGCCCCCAAGAACGGCGGUGAUGCCCUCAUCAAGGUCGUCGAAGGCGGCACCCACAUCAAGGUCACUAAGCCCGAGCCUAAGGCCAAGACGGAGCAAAACGGUGAAGAUGAAGACGACUCCGACUUUGACAGCGACGACGAAGACGAAGAGAAGCGCGAAAAGCUCUGGAAGGUUGGGUCGCCUCUCGCCGAAAUCGCCGUCAAGGGCGUCAAGGCCGGCGGCAAGGUCGAGGUCACUAUCAAUGUCCUCGGCGACCUGAGCGUUACCAUUACCGCCCGCGAAGUUGGCGGUAAAGGCGGUGUCCGCGGCACCCUUGCUGCGUAA